GUGAGCGGAAGAGCAGCGUGCGCGAUUUCAACCUCCUUCUUUGGGUCUCGGACUGGGACGGCCGGGGGUCCCCAGCGGACCUCGAAGCAAAGGCAGAUGGAGCGAGAGGGAAGCGACGGCAGACUCUUUUUCCGCGGUCUUCAGAACCGCUCGCACGAGAAGAUGAAGCUGCGAAAGAGAAAGUCGGCUUUGUACCUGAGCCCCGCGAAGAGCACCGGGCGCCGCGGAGCUCUUCUUGGUGAAAACAUUUAUCUGGUGUUGUUUACCAUAGCAUUACGAAUAUCUAACUGCUUUUUAGUCCAGACAAGUUUUGUUCCAGAUGAAUACUGGCAGUCUCUUGAAGUUGCGCAUCACAUGGUUUUCAAUUAUGGUUCUUUGACCUGGGAAUGGACAGAAAGAUUGAGGGGUUAUACUUACCCCUUAAUCUUUGCAAGUAUUUACAAGAUUCUGCAUCUUUUGGGGAAAGAUAGUGUUCAAUUGCUGAUUUGGAUUCCUAGACUUGCCCAAGCACUUCUGUCUGCUAUAGCAGACUUGAGGCUUUAUUCCUUAAUGAAGCAACUGGAAAAUCAGCAAGUGGCAAGAUGGGUGUUUUUCUGCCAGUUAUGCUCUUGGUUCACAUGGUAUUGCUGCACCAGAACUCUUACGAACACCAUGGAAACUGUACUCACUAUGAUCGCUCUUUUCUACUAUCCUUUGGAAGGUUCAAAGUCUAUGAAUAGAGUGGCUGGAUGUGGAUUCCUGUCCUCCACAAACAGCCAUAAUCUCAGGUCUCAAGCACUCCGCCUGUCUGUCCCAGCUCCCGAACCUCCAGAGCACCACACAAUUGUCAAGUACUCAUUCCUGGUGGCACUUGCCUUCAUAAUUCGUCCCACAGCUCUCAUUCCGUGGAUACCUUUGCUCUUCAGACAUUUUUGGCAAGAACAGAGAAAGCUUGAUCUUAUUCUACAUCAGUUUUUACCUGUAGGAUUUGUCACUCUGAGUUUCUCUCUGAUAGUUGAUCGUAUUUUUUUUGGUCAAUGGACUCUGGUUCAAUACAACUUUCUGAAAUUUAAUGUGCUGCAGAAUUUGGGAACAUUUUAUGGUUCUCAUCCAUGGCAUUGGUACUUCAGUCAAGGAUUUCCAGUUGUCUUGGGUACUCACUUACCCUUCUUUAUUCAUGGCUGCUUUCUCGCCCCAAAGAAAUACUGGAUACUUUUGGUAACUGUACUGUGGACACUGCUAGUUUAUAGCAUGUUGAGCCACAAAGAAUUCAGGUUUAUCUAUCCAGUUUUACCAUUUUGUAUGGUGUUUAGUGGGUACUCACUACACCACAUGAAAACUUGGAAGAAACCAGCUCUAAGUUUCCUGUUUUUUUCAAAUAUGCUCCUCGCCCUCUACACUGGUUUAGUUCAUCAACGAGGCACUCUUGAUGUCAUGGCUUAUAUUCAAGAACUCUGUUACAAAAAUCCCAGUACAUCUUCAGCUUCAGUAUUUGUAAUGAUGCCUUGCCAUUCUACUCCUCACUAUAGCCAUGUUCACUACCCACUUCCAAUGAGAUUUCUCCAGUGCCCCCCAAACCUGACUGGAAAAAGUCAGUACCUUGAUGAAGCCGAUAUAUUUUAUCUAAGUCCCUUAAACUGGCUGUAUAAAGAGUUUCAAAAUGAGUCAACAUUGCCUUCUCACUUGAUCAUCUUCAGCGUUUUGGAGGCGGAAAUAAGUGCUUUCCUAAUUUCAAGCAACUAUGAGAGAACCGCUGUGUUCUUCCACACUCAUUUGCCAGAAGGUCGAACUGGGAGUCACAUACAUGUCUAUGAACGGAAGUUAAAAGGGAAACUUGACAGAAGGUGAAAAAUCUUGAGCUGUGUUUAGAUCUUUCUCAGAGAAACAGAUAUUUGGUAAAGCUCGGUAGAAAUAUUCAGAUGCUGCUUAAAUACACUAGUCAACACUGGGUAAGAUUCAUGGAACUAGCAAAAAACCACUAUGAAUUGCUUUACCAAAUAUCAUUACUGAGGAAAUGCAUGCAAAAUAUCACAAAGUAUAAAAUCAUGUAUUAACAAAAUGCCAGAUUUUAAAUAAAGGCCUUUGGUUUUC